AUGAACAUGCUACAGGACGACAACAUCGACAACGCGCUGUCGGUGUUCCGGAGUGACAGGCAGUUCAUCGAUAAUUCAAGCACUGGCAUUCCUCCCCGGCCUCUGAGAGACACCACCGGUGGCCACCCCAACACCGACGACCGACGCCAAAACGCAACACCGAAUGCCGGCGUGAAGAUGUACAAUCUCGUGAUCCUCAUCAUCGACAUCAUCGCCAUGUUGGUACGAUGGAUUUUCCACACGCUUGAGUCGCUGUAUCGGCUGGUGGUUCCACCGGCGGCAGACACCGUGCACAACGAUAUUGUGCUCAUCACUGGCGCUGGCCACGGUAUGGGCCGGUGUAUGGCGCUACAGUAUGCCCAACUUGGAGCCACAGUCGUUUGCGUCGACAUCAAUGACAAGAUGAACGGUGAAACGGUUGCCGCUAUCCGGCAGCAGAAAGGCAACGCAUUCGGCUACGUCUGUGACGUUACGAACCGGCAACAAAUCAACGAAACAGCGAAGAAAGUCCAGCAGGAGGUGGGCACGGUCACGAUCCUUGUGAACAACGCCGGUAUCAUGCCGACUCAUCCACUAUUGCAGCAGACUGAGGCUGAGAUUCGCAAAACGUUUGAGAUCAACGUUAUGGCGCACUUCUGGCUGCUCCAGAGUUACCUGCCUGGAAUGCUCGAGAAGAACCGUGGCUAUAUCGUGGCCAUGUCAUCUGUGGCUGGGUUGUGCGGAUUGAACAAUCUUGUGCCGUACUGUGGUAGCAAGUUUGCCGUGCGUGGAAUCAUGGAGGCGCUCGCAGAAGAACUACGUCAGGAUGCGCGUAAACCGAACAUCAAGUUCACCACUGUCUACCCGUACAUGGUUGACACCGGACUGUGCAAAAAGCCACACAUGCGUUUCCCGAACAUGAUGCGUUUGGUCAAGCCAGAGGAAGCAGCCGCCGCCAUUAUCGAUGGCCAGCGACGUGGUUUGGUUGACGUAUCGAUCCCGAAGUACCUGCUGUACCUGAACACUAUUAUCAGGGUGUUCCCGCUGAAAGUGGGCACGCUGUUGCGCGAUUUUCUCGACAGUGGGGUCGAGUCGGAUCUGUAGGAACCGGUUCGAUGUUUCACUACACCAACCGAUCGACCCGGGUCGAACGGAUCAGGUUUUGUAUUUUUUUUUACACACAUGGCAUUUGUAGAAAUCCCCCUAUGGGGGGAUGAGCAAGGAGCCACCACACAACCACAGCCACCGAAGUAGUAGAUCCCCCGGAUAAUGCGAGCGCUCUGGGCAACUACAAGUAACAGUUAGUAAGGCUCACGCCACAUGAGGAGAUGUACAUACAUUUCAACGCUCCCUCUCACGUGCACAUUACAUAUAUUUGUGCGUCAAGGAUGGGACAAGGAUAUAAUAAAUAUUCUAAAGGUGUUUG